CCGCUGUGUUCAAGUGGAUGCCCUUCCACGCCUUCUGUGUUUAUUCGCACGAGUUGCAUCCCCGUCUCCGCGCCCAUGUCCCUGCCGGUACCAUCUACCGUCUCCACCACGACCUCUGUCACGGCAUCUCUUAUGCAUCAGCAGUAUGAGGGUGCGGAGUCCGUUUCGGUAUCGGGGGUGGGAAUGCUACCGCGGUCGUUUCUGCCAGUGGCGUCGCUGGGAUCAGCGCCGCCGCCGCCACAAUGCGUGCAGGUCAGGUCCACCGCGACGGUCUCGGUGCUUGAUGGCAGAGAGGCGCAUCAGGACGCUGCAGCGACGACGACUUCGUCGGCGGCAGCGCUAGCAGCAGCAGCAGCAGGAGGAGGCGGAGGAGGAGGAGGGAGCUUUUCGCUGGAGGAUCCGGUGCUAGGUACGGCCCCGAUGUCCACGUCGGGUUUCAGCUUGGAUAUCCCGACGGCGCUGCAACUGUCGGUAGCAGCGCAGGAGGCGGUGGCAUCGGCAGCAGCAGCAACAGCAGCCGCCGUGGCGGCGGCGGGAGCGGAGGCCGUCGUGAUGCCGGCAAGAACGGAGGAUGAUAUGUUGAAGUCGAUUGGUGCGCAACAGGGGUGCUCGCCUGCGUCAGAGGACUCUGAUCCUCUGCCGAUUGCUCCAGUGCCGUUGUCGUCAGGGCCGGCCGUGCUCUCUAGCCCCAUGCCCACGCCAACGAUCUCGUCGGAUUCCACGGUGACGACGACCGCCCCAUUGCCCAUGCCAUUCAAGACACUGACGGCGUCGUGCCCUGCAGUGGCAUCGGCGACAGCGGAGUUUACGACCAUCUGCUCCUCGUCCGCAAUGCCCAUCAAUCCGAUGUCAGUGCUGAGUCAUCACGGCGGAGAGGAAGGGGGGGGAGGCGGCGCCGGCGUGAGUGACGGGUUGGCCGUUGCGCCGUUCGACCUGGCCUCGGUCGUUGGGGGGGCGGGUAUUGGUGUGAUCGAUGUGGCGGAUCCAUUGACAUUAGCGAAAGUAAUCCAGCUGAAUCAUGAACAUGAGCAGAGACAGCAGGCGGCGGCAAGAGGCGUGAUAAUCAAAGACGAGCUGCAGCAGCACGGCAUCACCGUGGUGACGGCCUCAGCGGCUAUGGCUACGGCGGUCGCUGUCUCGGAAGCCAUCGGGGUCCCAUCUGCUACGCCAUCGUCGCUGCCCCCCCCGCUCCCGCCUCCUCCUCCUCCUUCUCCUUCUCCUCCUCUUCAAUCCCUCUGCACGCCGACUUCUUCCGCCACAGUCCUGUCUCCUUCCCCGCUGCCGCCGACGUCGCUCCAGCUUCACGACAUUCCUGUUGCGCACCCUUUGACAUCGUUGAAGCGGGCUUACGAUCUCGCCGCGGGCGGCGAUGAGCCGCCGCCGCCGCGCCUGCCCAACGUCGUCUCCGUCGAGUUCAUCCAGAAUCGCCGGCCUUUCCGAUGCAGCCACGCCGGCUGUGAGAAGACCUUCAAGAACCAGCAGACGCUGAUGAUGCACCACAAGACGCACUUUGUGGAGGACGGCUCGCUGAAGCUUGACAUGGAGGGGAUCCCGAUGGGCGUUAGGGCGGGGCGGAACAAGAAGAUACCGUCGUGCUGCCCGGAGUGCGGGCGCACCUUCGUCGGAUUGUACGAGCUCCGCCGGCACUACGGGCGCAAGCACUCCCAAGGCGAGAAGAUGUUCUCCUGCAAAAAGUGCGGGAAGAAGUUUUUCAUCGACGUAGACCUGCGCGACCACGAAAAGUUUUGCGGCGAGGCUAUUCAGUGCAGGUGCGGGAUGAAGUUCGCGUACAAGUGCAACCUUGUGGCUCAUAAGAAGGCGAACCCAGCAUGUCAGGGCGGGGGACCGGGGCAGGUACAUCAUCAUAAUCAUCAUCAUUAUCAGCAGCAGCAGCAGCAGCAGCGGCAGCAGCAGCAGCAGGUGACCGGUUCGGCUGCAAGGCAGCAGCGGCAGCAGCACGCACUAGCGGCGGUAGCAGCGGCUGAGGGGCAGAGGUACAAGAAGCUGUCUUCCUCCUCCGCCUCUUCCUCCACCUGCGCCGCUUCUUCGUCUCCUCUUGCUCUUGGAUCGCUGUCGAGAGCGACCAUGGCCACGAACGCCACCACUCCCAUCGGCCCUGCGGUGUUUCACAUUCACCUCCCUCACCAGCGGCAGCAGCUCGAUCAACAACUGCAGCAGCAGCAGCAGCAGCAGCAUCCGCAUCACAAUCAUCAUCAUCAUCAUCUUCAUCACCCUCAUCAGACGCAGAUGGGAGCGGUCACGGCAGUGACGCAGGGAGUACCCAUGACAGUUCCUCUGUUGCCAUACGUGCUGACGAUGCCGCUGCCCUCGGCGACGGCCGUCUCGUCGGCUUUCGCGCGGGAUGGCGGGCACUUGACCGGCCUCCAGCUGCAGUCAUCCCAGCCAGUGUUGAGCAUUUUUGAUGCCAGCCGCGGCUCGUCGCACGUGCAGAGUCCAGCUGCAGCUAUGGCAGUAGUGCGUGGAUCGAAUGGCCGGGGGAUGGUAAAGCAUGACGUUGGGGGGAUAACGAGGGGCAGGAGUGGGAGGAGAGGGAUGAGGAGGCAGGUGGAGGAUGCGGACAGAGUGGGCGAUGAGGGUGAGCGGAUGAAGAGGGGGAAGGAGGCGGAGGAGGCGGAGGAGGAGGAGGAGGAGGAGGAGGAGGAGGAGGAGACCUAUGGCGAUGGGAUUGCGAUGCUCCUGAUGACAAGUGGAUGGUCUCCCCAUCCUAGCUCCUUGCUGUGGGAUCACAAGGUGCCUGCCAGUGUCACAAGCGAACUUUAAACAAGUACGAGAUUACUGGUAGGGGCGUGGCCGACAUCAAUCCUGGCUUCUCUUCACCGUUAUAAUUGGCGAAAGAGAGAGAGAUUCUGAAGCAAGUACCGGCGGCUUAGGGGCAUGGCCAACAUCCAAGAUGGCAAGAUCAACCCUCAGGCUGGUGAAUCAUUAGACUAAGUAACGAAGAUUCUGAAGUGAUGGAGGGCCUCAGAAUGGUGAUGUCUGGUAUGGGCAUGUUGUCCUGCGACGCGUCGUCGUUCGGAUCUUCGUGUUGGGGGUGCUGGUUCGAGGAAAUGCGGUGGUCUGCGAUCAUAGGAAGCUAGUGACUUCUCUGAGAAGUAUACACAUGAUGUAGUUGUGCAUAGAUGUUGGGUAUUUUGGCAUUUAGGAUAUUAGACGUUGCGCUGCUGUGGCCAUUUGUCUGUGUGGUCCGGGGCUCAGAUCUGCCCUCCCAUGUUGAAGGGCAUCGAUAGGCUCUCUUGCAUGGCCAAUGUGGCUUUGUUUUUUUUUUUUUGUUUUUUUUUUUAUAGUAAGGAUGAGACCAAGAUCGCAUCUGAUGGAAGGAAGAUAGGGGAGCGCUCUGAGAGCGGCCUUUCUUAAGGAUUGAUUCGUUAAUUGGCAGCGUCUUAACUCUGCCAGCCGCGGCAGCAGUGGUUUUGUGCUCUCUUGCUGGGAUUCCGAAGCAUGGGCUAUUUUCUUCUGGCAUGAUACUGUUUCUCGUCGCCCUCUCCUCAAUCCCUGAGACUCGGGAUGGUGUUUUGCUGCCCAAUUUCUCUCUCCUCUCUUCUCUCUCUGCCUAUCGCUUUGUCGCCGACGCGGUUGCGGUUUCGUCGCCGUCGCGGUUGUGUCUCUCGUGCUCUUCCCUUUUUCCCUCACCCAAUGAAUGUCUGUUUUCGUUUGUCCCCAAAAAUCAGAUUUUGUGCUCCACCGUUCCCCUCUUUGUCCUCCUAUUGUUCUCCUGUACCUGCUCAAAUGUCUCUCUUCUCUCUCUUCCUACUGCUUCGUCGCCCACGCGGUUGCGGUAUGUUUGCUCGCAUCCAUGUCUCUCACGCUCUUCCCGUUUCCAUCUCCCAAUGAAUGGCAUUGCAUGUUCUCUCUCCUCCCCCCAUCUCAGAGUCUGCUCUGUCUUUUCCUCUUCCUCCCCCUAUUGUUCUCCUUGACUUGAUCUGCUCCCACACUUGCGUUCUAUCUUCAUUCACCCAUAUGCUUCACUCAAUGUCUCGCGGCUUCUGGGUUGAGACUCUUGAGAGGUCCCUUGAGGGUAUAUUGAGCAGCUUGGUUCCCGGUAUUGGGCCCAGCAUGGAUCAGUGGAUCACCAUGCUAGUAGUAGAGUGCUUACUUCAUCCGAUUGGGCAGUUUGCGCCAUGUAAUGGCAUCCUUCUCAGGAUACCUCAUUCUCACUGCUAGUCUGGUCGACGAGAGAGCAUUCUGUAGAUUGUCUGGUGUGUUGAUUUCUCUUGUUUUUUCAUUCUCAGACUGGAAGUUUCUUGUUUUUUGCCAGCCUGGGAGUGGCGUUGGCGAACAAUCCCCUGUUUUGCCCUUAUGCUGCCUUAAAGUUUGCAGCUCCCACUGUCACAGUAAUGAUUAUGUGAACUGUCAUUCAGAAGUGAGCAACAAUUCCGCGUUGUUGUGCCUUCUUUACUUUGGUUCCCCCACCCGAAAUUGGCCGUCGCGGUGUGCCAUCAUGAGGACUGAUGCAGUCAUUCAUCUGGUCUUCAUCUGGUCUUGAUUGGGGCCUUGUGCAUGGUAGCCACUUGACCGUGCCUAUGCUCUCGUAUGCAGAGCAUAGUACGCAUAUUACGAUGUCUCAUCUUUUGUGAUCGACAGACUCGAGGCAGUACGCAGCAGCCGUCUUUCUUGUAGGGAGGGGUCUCUUCUGCUCUGCGUCGGAUGCUUCUUUGCAAUUUCUUGAGUGACUGCAUGGUUUUCAAACUGACUUCAAACCAGAGCCGUCAUGGUUUGGGGGAUGCUCGCCACCCAAUGAAUUAAACUGUGUCAG